CUUCUGUUGUCAUCGAUCUUCUGUUUUCUUUGUACGUAUAGGGCCAGUUUUCAUACGUUUGGUUUUUCUAUCUUCUUCGCUUAGUCAUAAACAAUUUCGGGUAUAACUCAUCUCACAACGUAUAGCCACGAGAAAUGGAAGAAAACGAAGAAUUUAGCGGAAGCGCGACGGAAAACAAAAGACACAAACUUCGCAGAGUGUCAUCGAGGACGUCUACGACCAGUAUGAUCAGCGCUGCGGAGCCCUCGCCUCAAACCUUACGAAGAAACAGCUCCAAGAAGCACGUAGCUGCGAAAAGACCACCACUGCAGAGAGGCAGCUCCUUCACCUUCCUCACUCCUGGGACUCCGUGGGAUUUCAGCCUAAAAAGAAAGCGCAAAGAGAAGGAGGAUGAUACCGUCAGUCUGUCCAGCUUCGACCUCAAGGAACCCAGUAACAAGCGUGUCAGAUCACUUGCCAAAGUUUCAUCCCUCGUCAACUUGAUAUCUCCUUCGAAGAAUGGAGCAGUGCGGCGCUUUGGUCAGACCAUCCAGUCAAUGUCAUCACGUGAUACCAAGUCACCAGGGAUGUCCCUCAAAGCUGGCAGCAAAGCUUCAGGUCCGACCCCCACGAAACGGAGAAACAGCACGCUGUGGUCGGAGACGCUGGACGUCCAUCAGAAGAGCACGUUCUCAACAAAAGAGAUCAAGAGACAAGAGGCAAUUUAUGAACUGUACAGGGGAGAGCAGGACCUCAUCGAAGAUCUUCAACUUGCCCGAAAGGCGUACCACGAUCCGAUGCUAAAGCUUUCCAUCAUGACGGAGGAGGAGCUGGCUCACAUCUUUGGCGACUUGGAUGCAUACAUCCCUCUACACGAAGAGUUAUUGGUGAAGCUGACGGAGGGAACUGGCCCUGAUGGAACAGUAGCACAGAUCGGGCAGAUAGUGAUAGACUGGCUGCCUCGUCUGAACGCCUACAAAAACUACUGCAGCAACCAGCUUGCCGCCAAAGCCCUGCUGGACCAGAAAAAGCAGGACAGGCGGGUGCAGGAUUUCCUGCAGCGCUGUUUGGAGUCACCCUUCAGCAGGAAGUUGGACCUCUGGAGCUUCCUUGACAUCCCUCGUUCACGUCUGGUGAAAUACCCGCUGCUGCUGCGAGAGAUCCUCAGACACACUCCUCCCGAUCACCCAGACGUGACCAGUCUGGAGACAGCAAUCACUAUAAUCCAGGAGAUCCUGUCCGAUAUCAACGUGAGAAAGGGGGAGUCUGAGUGCCAAUAUUACAUUGACAAACUGGAGUUUCUGGACGAUAAGCAGCGGGACCCCCUCAUAGAUAAGUGUAAGACACUUCUGUGUCACGGCGAGCUGAGGAACAAGAGCGGCUCGAGGCUGCACGUGUUCCUCUUCUCUGAGCUGCUCGUUCUGACUCGGCCGGUCACGCGCAACGAGAGGAGCUGCUUCCAGGUGUAUCGACAGCCCAUUCCUGUUCGAGACUUGGCCCUGGAGGACCUGCAGGAUGGAGAGAUCCGCAUGGGCGGGUCCUUCAGAGGGGCUUUCACCAAUGGAGAGAAAGCUAAGAAUGUUUUCCGCGUGAGCUCUCUGGAUCCUUCUCACGGCCAGACCCACACACUGCAUGUGAGUGACGUCUACCACAAGCAGCAGUGGCUCAACUGCCUGCGCACCGCCAUGUCCCAACAGCAGGGGGCUCCAGCUAGAGUUCAGCGGGGGCAAAACAUCCCAGCAAAAAGCCACUCCUCUGUGUCCUCAGCCACAGUCUGUGACGAAGAGGAAAAUGAGAACUGUCCUCCUCCUGUCUCUGGCCCCAAACUGAGGCCCCAGACACUCUCCAAAACCAGACUGGACCAGAAGUUACAGGGAUCACUGAAGAGGAAGGAAACUGGAGUGUAGAUAUUUAGAGGGUUCCUCUUACAUGUAUUUGACGUGUGUCCUGUUUAGUCACAUUUGUCUGCUUUUUUUUUUUUUUUAUCCAUCUGCACUGAAAAGGCUUCCCCAAUCAUCACCGUCCAAAUGUUAAUCCAACUGUAGCCCUUAAAAAUGUGUAAUUAGUUUACAAAAAAAAAAAAGCGUGCUAUUUGCAUAUGUGUUUACAGCAGCUACAUGUUGAUGUAGGAUUUUCUGUCUUGUUGCUUUGAAAACUUUUUCAGCUUUGGUUUUUGGUUGAGGCUUUUUUUUAACCGUCUCUGUCUUGUGUUAUGAUCAGGAUGUGACUGUGUGUCUAUAGAACGAGCAGCAAGUGUGAAGCUGUCCUUUUUAAGUGUUAUCUGUGCCAAGAUAAGGGACCAAGAAACUGUCUACCAAGGAAACAAGGCUCAAAGUGUUUCAGAUCAGUGUCAAGAUAGGGAGCAGAACACGAGUGAGAGCACUGACCACAGAUGUAUUAAGAUUUUUUUUAGGGGGGAAGGGGUCACAUCAAGAAUUCAUCAAAUAUUCAGAGGAAAUUUGCUAAUCAAA